AUGAAUCUUAUUUUACUAUUAAUACAUAGAAGGGAAUCUACUUUAAUUUAUCCAAAAGCUAAGAAGGGCUCAUAUGGAAGAAUCCUUUUUCUUCUUAAAAUUAAGAACUUCUUUAUAAAAAUUUACUCUUUGAAAGUGAUCAAGAUUUACAAUCUCUAUUUAAUGAAUUUCCAUACAUGCCAAAAAUGCUUUUACAAGAAAAAAUACAAGAGUUAAAGUAAUAUAUCCAAUUUACCAUUGAAUUAACUAAGAAGAAUUUUCCAAGGACUAUGUUUGAGAAAAAAUUUGAUGAACAAAAUAGUUAAUUUAAUACAAACAAAAUUUUUAUUCCAGAUAUUAAUAGAGAAAUAUGGUUUAAGGAUAUUUUGA